AUGGUUGACUCACCAUCAGAAUAUAGUACAACUCCUUGCACUCGGCAAAGAUUGAAAAAUGGAAGACCUCCUCGAACUUGUGAAUUCAAAUUGAAUAUUAAGCGUGUCAAUGAAUCUAAUUAUGUAUCAAUACUCUCUCCUCGCGAAAUAAAAAUGACAAAUGAAAAACUUCAAGACCUCAAAUCGCAUGAGUUCUCAAGUCUUCCAGCUACACCAAAAAAGAAUUCAAGAAAAACACUACGUUGGAGUGAGCGCCAUGAUAAUGAUCUUCUAGAUUUAGUUGAAGAGGCUAUGAAUGAUAGUGACUCUGAUAGUGACACGACAGACUCUGAAGAUGAAAUAUUAAAUAUGCCAAAAAGACGUUCAAGCAGAGUUUCUAAAUCAUCUAUGAAAUCGAAUGAGAUAACUAAUACGCCCGAAGCUAAGCGUCUAAGAAAACAUGUUGAUCGAUUUGGCGAUGUAGCAGAUUUAAAUAACACUAAAGUGCUAGAUUUGUCUCCUGAAAGAAAACACACAAGACAAUCAGUUGAUGAAAACAUAAAUACUCCUAAAAGUAAAAUAAAAGGUAGAAAAAUGUCAAUAACUGAUGAAGAUGAAGAUUCUAACAUUGAUGUUUUGAAGACUCCAAGAAAAGUAAGUAUUAUUAAAUGA